AUGUUUUAUUUUCUUAAUCUUAUCACACUCACUAAUGUCGCAGAAGUCAAUCCGGCACAAUCGAGCAAAGGUCAUAAAUCUGUUGUCCAUAUGGCUAAAUCACAGGAAAAAUCUUUGUUUGAAACUGGCUGGUACAAAAGUCUCAGGUACAAUGUGAUACCACCUAUUUUCGUCCUGAUUUUCACCGCAGCAGUUCAGUGGCUUGCAUUACUGGGUGACAACCCUUGCCCUUUGGAUCUGGAGCAGUGUCCCCGAUUGCUGGGAAGUGUUCACGCUUGGAUUCUCACAUGCUCAUAUCUCUUGUGGGUAUUUGUUUGGCUGUGGAUUCCUGACAAAAAAUUCAAAGGCCCUGUAUCCCCUGAAGGAGAGAUUCCAGAGUAUCAAGAUAAUGGGUUUCAAUUUUACGUUGCAACCUGCAUCCUGUUCUGUGCUCUACAGUUCAUGAACCCGUUGCUGAGCGCAAUUAUUGUUGACAACUUUCCUGAAAUAUUAGCUUGCUUGAGCAUAGUUGCCCUACUUCUCUGCGUUUGGCUGUGCAUUUCGGGUCGAAUAAUUAAGGGCAAAGUGCAACAGGGAGCAUCAUUCGUCUACGAUUUCUACAGAGGGUGUGAGUUGCACCCUAAAUUUUUAGGGUGCGAUGCCAAGCAACUGACGGUGAGCAGGCUGGGCAUGAGUUUGUGGCAAGUUCUCAUCCUCGCCGCCUUCUUCGUUGGUCCAAAGCAAGCACCGGAAGUCGUUUCUCUCGCACUGCAGACUAUCUAUAUUGCCAAAUUCUUUUGGUGGGAGAACGGUUAUUACACCACUCUGGACAUCACCUACGACCGUGCCGGCUACUACCUCUGUUGGGGAGGCUCGGUCUGGAUCCCAGCCCUUUUUCCUCUCAGCCAGAUGUACAUGGUCAGAUACCAGUCGACUUUGUCCGCAUUCGGAGCAGCUCUUAUUUUUAUAACAGGGCUUACGGCUACGGUCAUUGAGUACCAGAUCGAUAAGGAAAAGGAAGUAUUUGUAGCUUGGAGGCAAAAUUACGUCAAACGGAAAGCCAAACCGUACAAAAUGUGGGGGAAACAAGUCGAGUUCCUUGAAGUGCAAUACCUAAAUGAUCAAGGACAGCAGGUCAAGUCUGCCCUCUUGACCUCUGGCUUCUGGGGGAAAGCGCGCCAUUUAAAUUACACGUGUGAGCUGAUUUGCUGUUUCACUUUGUGCGUUACCGCGGCAUUCGGCACAAGUUGGUUCAUGCCGCUAUUUUAUUUCUACUUUAUAGCAGCUCUCAUUCCUCACAGAAUUUUGAGAGACGAGGAAAAAUGUUCGAAAAAAUAUGGACAGUUUUGGAAUAAAUACUGUAACUUAGUUCCUUACAGACUAAUCCCAGGAUUAUUUUAACCGUUUAAAACACGUUUCUUUGGUUAUUUGUGACUUUAUUUGUUUUGUGCAAAUGAUU